AACUCCGCUUACAAGAUUAGCUGAGUCACAGAGCUCUCGAUUAUAUAUCGAUAGCUAGAAACUCACAAGCCAGAGCAAUCUAGGGGACGACCUGAGCAGAAUUUAGAAAAAUAAGAGGUGGUACUGUAGUAAGAGAAUGCUAGGAUAUAUUUCGUCGACACGCAAGAAGUCCUGCCAUGCCUGCGUCAAAAGUAAACGUCGCUGCGACCUCGGAUAUCCGUGUUGUAAACGCUGCUUUACCAAAGGAUUGAACUGCACGUAUCCUAAUGGUUCGGUCAACGAAGCGGAGGUCGUAGUUCGUCAGACGACACCAGAUCUCAUUCCAUUGACCAACGAAGGAGGGCUGGAAACAUCCGAGCUACCUCAUAACCUGGCUGCCAUUGAUCCGGUACUUACAUCUUCUUCGGAUUCGUCGAGUCCCGAGAGCGUUCAGGAAGAGAUUCCAUACUUGCAGCCACUUACUGCAGUAAUCCUACCGCAGAUAUGGGAACCUAGGGUGCUUGCGGAAGAAAAGGUUAUCUGGAUGGCCAAACAGCUCACUACCUUUGUCCAAUCCCUCGCGCUUUCUGGUAGCACUCCUUUUUUGCACCACGCACUCUACCGCAACUAUCAACCAUCCGCAUACCAAGACAGCUGCAGCCUCUCCGCCCUGUACCUUCUCAAAACCAACCAAAACCACUCCAUACUAACCUCUACCAUCGACGCCAAAAUCGCGGCCCUCAUCGCCUCAUCUUCCAGCUGGACACUCGCCGAGCACCUCGCCGCCGUCCAAGCCCUUAUUAUCUACCAAAUCAUCCGCCUUUUCGACUCAGACCUAAACCUUCAAUCCCUCGCCUCAUCCCAAAACUCCCUGCUCGAACUCUGGACCGCACAACUCUGGAAGCGGUCUUUCAACGAGGUGCAAUCCUUCCCGACAUCCUACACAUCCUGGAUCUUUUACGAAUCCCUGCGUCGCACUGUCCUCAUGUCGACAUUUCUCCGUGGGACGUGGAGUGCGGUGGGAAAUGGCGGGUUAUGUGAGGUAGUGCCGAUUUUGGCGAGGUUACCCAUGACAAGAGAUAAUAAGCUGUGGGAGCUGGAUGGGGAGAGUUGGGGUAGGAGAGCUAGGGAGCAGCAGAAGAGGGGGUGUUUGAUUGCGUAUGGGGAGUUUACGUUGAGUUUUAGGGUGGAAGAGGAGGAUGUGGGGAGUCUGCCUGAGUUUGAGAAACUGUUGCUAGUGGCGUGUAGAGGGGAGGAGUUGAGGGGGUGGUGAAGAGCUGGUGGCGACGGUUAAUUCGCAGCAUUACUACUCAAGCCAAGUAGGAAUACUUCUCCUUGCUUAGGUUUAGUGUAGGGCUGGGUGAAGCAAGGAGGAUUACCAGUGUAAAUCAUCGGCCCAAAUAUCGAACCUCAGACUUGCGAUUUGAUGGUGGCAGCUUCUCCUGGUCUUAGUUUUGAGUCUGAUACGAGCCCUCGACCAAUCUCCGAAGCACUCUUGAGCCUCAAAAGGCGGCACGUGGGCCUGAAAGCUC